CUGGUGAUCAGGUGGGAGACUCAAAUAUGUCCUGUGCCCCACCAGAGCAAAAUGGCACAAUUGAUUCAGAUGCCUAUUGUUCUGAGUUCUGGGAUCUAAUGCCUGAUGAAUCCCUUCGUAAUGAUCCUAGCAGUCAAAAGACUCUUGCUUUUGACCCAAGACCAUGGUUCAUGGAAUCUGAUAAGGACGACGGAUCACACAGUGCACCGAAUGCAAAAAAGCUCAAUGCACUGCUUGAUCCAACCGUUCAAGAUUCUAUGAGGUCUGUAGAGAUCUAUAGAGGAGAUUUUUCAUUCUGGUCCUAUAAUGAUGGAGGUACUUCUUUCAAUCAGAUCUAGCUAGACUCUGAUUGAAAAUCUCAACAGUUUGAAAGAACAAUUAUUUCUCUCAACAGCUUAUCCAUCUAAACCAAUUAUCUCAAUUAUCUCAACCAUUUCCAAUUCCAAUUAUCUCAAUUAUCUAAACCAAUUCCAAUUCUCAAGACUAAACCUCUAGAGCCCAAACUUUUUCUCAAGCGUUAAAAGUCUACAUGACUCAACAAACACCCAAACAUUAAUCCCAGCAGGUUAAAAACCCCAAGGGUAUAAACCUAUUUGAAAUCAAUUAAUCAUAUUCAUUGAUUCCAAUUAGUUAUUCAUUUUCAGCCUAAGAACCCCAAAUGUUUCUCCCAAUCCUUUUUCAAUUAACUCAAUUACCAUCUUCUUCAAACCGCAUUCUAGAGUUAUGAACUCCUGUGUCGAGUUCAAGGCCUCAAGGGGGGCAAUCUUCUAGGAACCCAAACCUUUCUCGCAAUCGACUCAAUCCCAGCAAGUGAAUUACAAUCUUCCCAAGUGUACCUUUAGAAAACCAAGAAACCCAUUUACAUGGAAAUCGAUCCAUUAUCCCACUUGUCAUUUCUACAAAAACUCUCCCUCCAAAGUCCAAAGUGUGCCAAGUGAUGCCAACAAAAGUUGAUGUUUGGCCUAUGCCCACCCUUACUUUUCAAUCUUUGGCCUAUGGCCACCCUUAUUUUCAAUCUCUGGCCUAUGGCCACCUUAAUUACUUUUCAAUCUUUGGCUUAUGGCCACUCUACUUUUUUCCAAGUAUGAUCAGUUAGUUUAUUGGUAUCUUCUACCCUAAACGCCAUGCAACGGUGGUUGAUUACUGAUCUCGCAAGUUGGUACUUAGCCGUGACUUGAAGAUCAUUAUCGAGCUUCUUCGAUUUUCAAAUUUGAAGACUAUGUUAAGUUGAUGGAUCUUUGGCGUAUGGCCACCUUACAUUUUAUCCAAAUGUGAUGGAUCAAUUUAUCUGUAUCUUCUAUCGACGAUUGUCUGGUGAGAGCUGAAUGCUAACCGUAAGGGUUCAAUACUCAACCCUAAGUUAGCUUCCCAAAUCCCCUACUUAAAACAUGUAUCAAGAAUUUGAA